CUCCAGUUGGCGCCACUCCAGCUUCACGCUGCCCGCGCCUGUGACCCCAAUGCCCCCUUUCAUAAGAACGGGACACGCGGCCUCGGAGCCAGUAGACACGGGAGCCCACGACCACGCAGCUCGCAGCCGCGCGCGCUCGCCUAUACGACUACGAGUACACAGCUUCGAUCCUCAGCGCGCGCGAGUACGUGGCUGCUGCGAAUUCCUAUCUUUCUCUGUGUUCGCGUGUUCGGUGUUCGUGAGUAGGCGCGGUCAGCACAUAUGGCGCAGUCCAUGCUCAUGUCGACCAGCGUCAACGGCGGCCGCGCGCUGCCGUCGCUGCAGGCUGGCAGGCCGGCGCCAUACCCGCGGCUACCGCUGCCGUCGUCGUCGUCGGGCUACAGGCACUCCAAGUCCGUCUCCGUGAAGACCCUCGCCCUGUUCGGCAAAUCCAAGGUCAAGACCGCGCCGUCGAAGAAGGCUGCUGCGCCCAAGCCCAAGCCCAAGGUUGAGGAUGGUAUCUUCGGCACGUCCGGCGGGAUCGGUUUCACCAAGGAGAACGAGCUGUUCGUCGGCCGUGUUGCCAUGCUUGGUUUUGCCGCAUCGCUGCUUGGAGAGGCCAUCACCGGGAAGGGCAUCCUUGCCCAGCUGAACCUGGAGACGGGCAUCCCCAUCUACGAGGCGGAGCCCCUCCUCCUGUUCUUCAUCCUCUUCACCCUCCUUGGCGCCAUUGGCGCUCUCGGUGACCGUGGUCGCUUCGUCGACGAGGAGGUCACCGGCCUCGACAAGGCCGUCAUCCAACCCGGCAAGGGCUUCCGCGGCGCCCUCGGCCUCAGCGAGGGAGGGCCGCUGUUUGGGUUCACCAAGUCGAACGAGCUGUUCGUGGGGCGGCUGGCGCAGCUGGGCGUGGCCUUCUCCAUCAUCGGCGAGAUCAUCACGGGGAAGGGCGCGCUGGCGCAGCUCAACAUCGAGACAGGGGUGCCCAUCAACGAGAUCGAGCCGCUCGUCAUCUUCAACGUCCUCUUCUUCUUCGUCGCCGCCAUCAACCCUGGCAACGGCAGGUUCAUCAUCGGCGAGGACGAAGAGUAGGCUGAUGCUGCUGUCCUCGAACCUGAUGAGUGAUGAGUAGUACUGUGCGCUUGGGUUACCUGUGCUGUGUUGAUCGAUCAGUGCGUCUCGCAGUGCGUGUGCGUACGUGCUUUGUUGUGUAUUAGUAAGCGUGAUGAGACCUCGAAAGGUAGGGUGUCGUGUUGAGUUGUCUUGUAGAAACAAGAGCUUACUCGUAUUGUAGCUUCAAAUGCAUGACCGUACACCUGUCAAACAUGGACGAAUCCCGUCAAAAAAAAAAAACAUGGACGAAUCCCGUAAAAAAAACAUGGACGGUAUAAUCA